AUUUUGCCAUGGCAUUUUACUAUUUUGUUAAAAACCUUCUGUAAAAUUGCCUAAAUUCAUGUCGUCAUUGUGUUUUACUAUAAAAUAUUAAUUCACCAUGACGUCCCAAGCCUUAGCUUCUCUCACUGCGACGUAUACUGAUUCCGAAGGCGAGGAAGACAUCGAGGAGCAGACCCCCGAGAAGGAUGAGGCCAGAACUCACUCUGCGCCGCCGAGUCCGCGGCGCGCCACGGACGGCGACGGCCGGGCGUCGGCGCCCAUCAGCCCCAAAAAGCAGCUAGUGUCCUACGUCGACGAAACGAUGGUGUCGGACGAAGAAGCGCUUUCACCGGCUCCAGGCAGCCAGGACGACAUGCGGCGCCUCUCCAUGGAGACGGACACGGACGAGGCGGUGCCGCGCUCCGACCCCGACGACUCGCAGGACGGAGCCAGCAUCCCCCCCGAGCCCCCGGGCAAGUGCCCCAAGGAACUCCAAGAAACUAUUGCCAAGUUCUACAACCGUAUGCUCACAGAAGGUCUUGACAUGAACCGAAUAAUCCAGGAUAAGAAAAACUUCAGGAAUCCAAGUAUCUAUGAGAAACUCAUUCAGUUUUGUGAUAUCAAUGAGCUGGAUACAAACUAUCCACCUGAAAUCUACGACCCUUUGAAAUGGGGCAAAGAAUCCUACUAUGAUGAGUUGGCUCGGGUUCAAAAGCUAGAAAUGGACAGGAGAGAAAAGGAAAAGAAAGAAAAGCUAGCUAAGAUUGAUUUCAUAUCUGGAGUGGCCAAGAAAUCAGAGAGUGAUGAAGAGAAGAAGCGGAAAUCAAAAUGGGACCAGGCGGCACCUAAUGUAGGAUCCAAACCAACCAUAAAACAGCCUGGUCUGUUGCAGCAGCCCCUCACUAGCAAUGUCACUGGUACCAAGGGCACUGUUAUAUCUGCUUUUGGAUCUUUACCUAAGAAACCCAAAAUCUGAUUGGAUGAAUAACUUGAACUGAGCAGUGUGAGGUUAGACUUUUCUGAAGAAAUUAUACUUUGUAUGCAACUGUGGAAUUCAUUUUUGUAAUUCUGUGCUCUAUGCUAUAUCUUAUUUAUAAGUAUUAGACAUUAAAAUAUGAA